AUGGUGCGACAAUCCUUUGUUAACCAACGACAUUAUGGCUAUCCUCGUCUUGGAAAUUCUAAGCCUCAGAUACAAUUAUUCACACCAGAUACGUUCGCGAACACCAUGAUAAAAAGCCUGCUAGGGUUUAUAGCUGGCGUAAUCAUCGUAUUCCUGAUACAAGAUUUCCUGGUGUUCCAACUUGAUAUCUCACCGCCGAUUGCUACACCAAUCUGCAUAGUUAUGGGAUUUUUCCUCUCACUUGGAUUGGCUUUUCACAUUCACGUGCGAUGUGUUCUGUUUUUGAUGCUACCCGAAUUAUUUUCAAAGCAAGGAAGAAACGCAGUUAUAGCUUAUAUUUACUUACUGCUGUUGAGUGGACCCAUGAAAAAUGCCAUUCUAAACAUUGACGUUCUGACAGAAAGUAUUGCAUGUGGGCAGGAAAGAAUUUCUAAUGAGACUAGAUCGUUGCUGCAAGAUAUCACAUCUCCGCUGUCUGGGGUAGUGAAAGUCAUACGAAGUGUAAUUCAGGCCUUGGUUGACUUUAGUUCCCAAAUGAGAAAAGCGUUUGUUGCCAUUAAAGAUCUCUUUGAUGAAAUUAUUGGAGCACUUAAGCGUAUAGCAGUAUGGUUAAAUGAGCUUGUUAACUCCUGUAACGAGAAAAUGGGAGGACCAUAUAGAAAGUGUAAAAAAGCAUUUGAUGACGCUGUUACCAGCUGUCAAGACAUUCUUCCUUGGAUCCUGGAGUUUUUGUGCUUCAUCGUCACCAUUGUAUCUUGGGUCUGUGAAAUUGCAAAAAUUAUAAAAGUCCUAUGUCUAAUUCCAAAAGCAAUCUCGAAAAGGUUGUCAUCAAAUUUGCUGAAACGCUGGGCAGGCCGUAAGUAUUAUUUCACGACAAAAGAAAUGUUAUACUGGAUUCGAGAUUUAAAAUGCAUGACUUUCCGAGCUCUUCUGUACAGAUGGCGUUUUAGGAAGUCUGAAUCUUUUGACAACUACUACCUCAGCUGGUUAAUAAUAGACCUUAAUAUAAAACGUUCAAUGGAUGGCAAAGAAACUAUUUUUCCUCUUACGAACAGUGAAGCCAAAAGAUAUAUAAAACCUUUAUCUGUACGUUUACUGCCACACGAAAAGCGAAAUUUAGCAUCAGCGGUAUUCGGAUUAAUUGGUCACGGAAUUCAGAUAAUUGUUUACAUAACGAUUGACUAUACUAUGUGGAAGUUACUCGAAAUGGUGCGCCAUCACGGUGCCGUAAAAACACUAUCUGAAGUACCCGCCCAUGUUAAAAUGCAUGUUGAUGGAAGUGGCGUUCUGGCUGAUAUGUAUCGAAAUUUGCUGAGUAGUUUCGACCCAUUGAUGGAAGUUGCACCAGAAGUAGAUACUACUGUUUGCCUUCCAAAAGCAAACCACCCAAAUUUUGCACAGUACUCAAGAAUUGGGACACUUUUUGGACUUUGUAUACUUUUAGCAGUCUUUCAGGCCUAUGGUCUCCGUUUCCGUCAUUCAAUAGCAGAAUCUUAUUACCCAGAAAUGAAACAAAAGAGAGCUGUAUGGUUAUAUAACCAUAUCCUUAGGUCACGAGCUGGUUUAGUUAAAUACUUAAGAAGACAGGUACGGAAAAAGGAUUCCAGUGAGGAAGCUAGCAGAAAAGGCUCAGCGUCUGAAAGCGAUUAUGAAUAUCAAUAUGGAAAAAGGAGUUCUAAAGGAGCCAGCGACAGGAGCAGUAAUGUGUCAGAGGCUGAUAAAAAGGAACUCGUUUCUGACUCAAGUCCCAGAC